AUGGCCAUCUUUGGAUCCCACGAAUACCUCGCAGCUGGCUGCGGAGGGGAUGUUGCUUUGGCUGGCGCCAUUGAAUACCAGGCCUUGCACCCGGAUGCUAUCUGGGGUAUGCUGGACAAGCAUGUGGCAGAUUACGAGGUGCCACCAGCUGUGACAAUCAACUUUGUCUUGGAGAACCUAACAGCCAUCAACGGCCCCAUGCGUGUGGUACCUGGUUCUCACCGCUGGCGACAGCGCCCUCCAACUCUCCACGAGGAACCGGACUGGAUGAUGUUCAACACGCUGUGUCCCGUGCCAGCAGGAGCUGCCAUCUUUCGGGACAACCGCCUCUGGCACGCCGGCACACCAAACCUAUCCGACCGGAUGCGGGCCUUGCCGAACAUGGAGUACUUCCCUCCCGGGGCGCGGCCUUCUUUGGGCUGGCUAGAUCGGCACACUAUGCCCUGGUACAUUUGGCAACAGCUCACGCCGCUGGGACAGUACAUUUCCAGAGGUGUUGUUGCUGCCCCAGAUGAGCCCAUCCAUGGGCUCAACGAGUACUCGCCCGGGGCAAUCCUGGAGAUCAUGCCCUUCCUGAGGUAG